AGAGAGGAAAAAAAGCUUGAGGGAUUUAGAUGAAGAGAGACAGCACGGACAAAGCGAGAGGCAAAGGAAAAGCAGUGUGAGGGCAAAUUUCAACCAGCUAGAUUGCUGAAGAAGACGGGAGAAUGGAAGACCUCCCCACCCUCUCUUAGCUAAAACCACAUCUUCCACUUUAACAAGCUUUGCGACGGACUGGAAGUCACCCCGAGUCUCUCUGAACACCAUGGACCAGGCUAAAGGACUAAAAGAUAACAUGGUGUCAUCCAACGAGAACAGUCACCGGCCACUUUCAUCUAGUGAUGUGGAGGGCAUGUCGCGGUGCGGUCUGAAGACCAUUUACCUCCAUAAGAACUUCCAGGGAUUUGGUUUCACUCUGCGACACUUUAUAGUCUACCCACCAGAGUCCUUCAUCCACAAUGCCAAGGAUGAAGAGAAUGGAAAUGCAAUUAAAAAAUGUGCUAAGAAGUCUCAUUUGGAUGCAAUGGACACCAUUUUUGUCAAGAGCAUUCAAGAAAAUAGCCCUGCUCAUCAAGCUGGGCUGUGUACCGGCGACAGGCUCGUGAAAGUGAACGGGGAGAGUAUCAUAGGAAAAACCUACUCUCAGGUGAUUAGACUCAUUCAAAACAGUGAAAACAAUUUGGAGCUCUCUGUUAUGCCAAAAGAUGAAGAUGUACUGCAGUUGGUAAGUGCGUACUCCCAGGAGACCUGCUUGAGAGACAAUGGGACAUUUUUAGUGAAGGACCAUAGCCUCCCUGAGCCCCCCCUUCAUUAUUGUUCCGCCAAUCCCAAUUCCAUUGCUUCACAGCUAAGCCACAAACUUCACAGUGCCUUUGACAACUGGCAAUGCAGACCUAUCCCGACACCUUCACUAAUGGACAACCACCAUGUUGUUGCUUCAACAAGUAACUGUACAAGAUCGCCGAAGGAUGCCAGUGAUAACUUUGUCACAAUGGUGCGACACCGUGGCCGCUCCUCUUUACCCAUCAGUGCACUCGACUUUCACUUUGCCAACCAUAAUGCUGCCAUAGCCUCGGCAACUCUGCCUCCACCGCACAAAAUCGGCCUGCCAGCCUCGGGUCAAAUUUGUGCUUAUUCCUUCUGCCACCAAGCGUUGUCAGACUGGCACAGCUGCCAAGUUGAGGUUGCUGAGCACCCGUCCCCUUGCCACAGGAGUGUACCUCAGGAUUGUUUAGCAGUGCAGGGAUUGUGCUCUUGGCCUACAUAUGCUGCCAUUGUCUCUCCAGAGACUAAAAGGCGAGAGACCGUCUUGUGUCAUCAUCAAGCUCAUGAUUCCUACUUGCUUGGGGAAUGGAGUGGUAUUUCAAGACCGGGAAGAGUGUCAUGCUCAGAGAGUUUGCUGGCAGCAUAUGCAAAGUAUGAAUAUAACUACGGCCGUUCCAUUGAAACUCUAGAAAAAGCCUCUGCAAUUGUCCCAUUGUGCUCAGACAGUUCUUCAAAAUUAAUACAAGAAAAGCAUCAGAACACUGCAGGAGGGCAUGAGCACCAAAUCAAAAGAGCCUUCCAUUUAACUGUGUCCUCCACAGUGCCUCCUUGUGGUAAGCAAUCAGGUCAGCCGGUAGCUGAACCCCAAAAAAGGGGAGUGACUGAUGAGUUGGUGGGUUACGAAAAUGGCAGCCAUUCAAUGUCCCACGAAACUUGCAGUCUCCCCGAACAUGCACAGACUUUAAGAGAGCCAAGCAACUGUGGCCCACACUGUAGUCCAGACAGCAGAAGCAGUGCUGCCACGAGUGAAGUAGAAAUGGUGACACAACCACAAUGGACUACCACCCUAAUUCCAUCAGAGGAUAAAACUCAUAUGGGGCGCAGUGGAGAUGUAAUUUCCCCAAUCACUCUAAAACAGCCAUUGUGUCACAGAACCCUUGUUCAAACUCUUCCAAGUCCCCAGUCACCUGACACACUGAGUGAAACCCCCUCAUCUGUCUCUGGUGGUCCUGGCUCCAGUCGCAGCAAAAGUGUCAGCCUGGCGCAGCAGGCGUACAACUCCCUGUCCUCCAUUCCCUUUUUAGGCAGUAUCAAAGGACGGCGCUCUUCUUAUCUGCUGGCUAUUACUACAGAGAGAUCCAAGUCUUGUGACGAGGGUCUUAACACCUUUAAAGAAGAGGGCCAUGUUUUCACGAAACUACCAAAAAGAGUCAAGAGCUUUUUCAUUGAUGGGUCUCUCGAGAACCUGAAAGCCCAGGAGGAGGCACGGUCCAAGCGCCACUCCACCUCGGAACUGGGAACCAUCUCUUUCAGUGACAUCUGCAAGGAGGGCUGGCUACACUACAAGCAGAUUCUUACAGACAAGGGGAAGAAAGUCGGUGGCAGCAUGCGGCCUUGGAAGCGCCUCUAUUUUGUGCUUCGUUCCUAUACGCUUUUCCUCUACAAAGACAAAAGGGAGGCUCUUCUUCAUGGGACAGGGCCUGCUUUUGGUCCAGAUGAACAUCCCCAGGUCAGCAUUCGUGGAUGCCUGGUCGACAUUGCUUAUAGCGAAACAAAGCACAAGCACACCCUGAGACUGAUGACACAGGACCUCUGUGAGUAUCUGCUCCAGGCUGAAAACAGGGAUGACAUGUUGGCAUGGAUCAAGGUUAUCAGAGAAAACGGCAAGAUUGACAAUGAGGAGAUUGGUUCCUCAAGACAGGCUCUUAUCAACAAGAAGCUAAAUGACUACAGAAAACAGAGUCUUACAGGUAACAAAGCUGAUUCUUCCCUUAAAACUCACCGUAUGAUGCCUCCCUUCCUCUUGGGUAAGAAUGACAACACGUCAAUGAAUCAAUCUUCCAAAACUGUUGACAACAAGACACCAUGGGGCAUCAAUAUCAUGAAGUCCAAGACGACAAGCUAUCCGAAGGCUUUUGGUGUGCGACUGGAGAACUGUCAGCCUGCUGUAAAGUACAACUUUGUCCCCGAGAUUGUGGAGAUGUGUUGUGGUGUGGUCGAAGCAACAGGUCUAGAGUACACUGGAAUCUAUCGGGUGCCAGGAAACAAUGCCAUGGUGUCCAACCUGCAGGAACAUCUCAAUAAAGGUUUUGACAUCAACACUGCUGAGGAGAGAUGGCAGGAUUUGAAUGUAAUCAGCAGCCUACUGAAGUCAUUCUUCCGAAAACUGCCUGAGCCACUGUUUACUGACGACAAAUACACUUACUUCAUUAAUGCCAACCGGAUAGAAGACACGAGGGAACGCCUGAAGACUAUGAAAAAAUUGAUUCAUGAUCUCCCAGAUCACUAUUACCAUACUCUCAAGUUCUUGGUGUGUCACCUAAAAAGGGUGGCAGAUCACUCUGAAAAAAAUAAGAUGGAGCCAAGAAACCUGGCUCUGGUGUUUGGUCCGACGCUGGUGAGGACAUCAGAGGACAAUAUGACAGAUAUGGUCACCCACAUGCCUGACCGCUACAAAAUAGUAGAGACACUAAUCCUACAUUGUGACUGGUUCUUCUCUGGCGGAGAACUAGAUAAGCAAGAGAAAGCUCCAGACGAGAAAAUGGAGCAUAUGCCGAACAUUGACCACCUGUUGUGCAACAUUGGCAGGCAAGGUAUGCCAGGAGAAACAUCAGAUUCCACCGCCAGCGAUUCAGUUAAGUUGAAGCUAUCUUUGAGUGCAAUGAACACCAGCGACCUCCUGCCCAAAUCUAUCAUCUCUGCUGUGACCCGCAAGCGUAAAACAUGCCCAGCUCAUCUCACAGACAGCAGUUCAGAUGAGGACUUUGAGCACAAACCUAUCAAAGCCAACAAUUAUGGGAAAACAAAACAAGUGGAUGGAAACAAAAUUGUUGGAAGAGACAACAUGGAACACUGUAUUCCCACAAAAGAAAACAUGGAUGACCAUAGAAAUGGGGUAACUGUAAAAGAAAUCACCACAGAAUGUGAAAGUGAUGCAGUUGAAAAGGAUUUUCAACCAGCCGAUGAUGAAAUGUCUGAGAAGGAGAACAAACCUGUAUCACAUGUUUGUCCAAACAGCUGCCUCUGCCCAUGCAACCAGAUAAAUUACACAUACCCAAGACCUUUACCCAUGAGCAGUCCUCACAAUAUGACAAGGAAACAACCCAAACUCCCUUUGUGGGUUUUCCCAACAAUGCUUCCAGACCAGAGGUCGAAAAAUCAAAGCAGCCUGCAACCAAUCUGGAGUCAGAGCUUGUGCCAACUUUCAAAAAGAAAGUCGGAACGACUAAAGCAAUGUCCAUGAAUUUAGAACUUCAACUGGACCAGAGGGAUGAUAUCAUGAGAGAACGGAGAGCAGAGAAAGUGAAAAUCAUCACUGUUCAUGAGGGCGCUGCUGGUCAUCAUAUACCAGGUGAUUGAGAAGUAACUCCCUAUUUUUAAGUACUUGUAAUUUAUUUCUGAACUAUAAUUCUUACAAGAAAUGAACAUGUGAAGAAAGUGUAUUGCAUGGAGUUUUUUUUUUAAUUCUAUAUGGGCGCCAGCAUGAGCCUCCAGUUUCCCAAGCCGCCUGGGAACCGCAUUAACUGAUUUCACAAGGAACUCUUGUGGGAUGGAAGACAUAACUUCUCUUAUUCACCCUUCCAAAGUCGUUGGUUUGGUAGAAUAGACUUGAUCCUUACAUCAUGGAACAUACACAAAAAAAAUGUAAAAAUAUUACAACAUAUGAACAAAUAAGUAUUUUAAAAUAGGGAGUUACUUUUCAAUCACCCCGUGUGUGUGUAUAUAUAUAUAUAUAUAUAUAUAUAUAUGUAUAUAUAUAUCACAAUGGCCCAGUCCCUUGUCUUGUACAGGGGAAAACCUCUAACUCAUUGAUUGUUGAACACAACUCCCCAGUAUCUUCCUCUGUUGUUCAACUGCACUCAGCCAUGGAUAGCCUGGCGUCGACACGCUGUGAUUGUUUAAUCCAUUCACUCAAAUUAAGAGCACAUCUAACCGGAGGAAUUAGGUCAGUGUGUGUGUGUGCGUGCAUGCGUGUGCGCGUGCGUGCGUGUGUGUGUGUGUGUGUGUGUGUGUGUGUUGGGGGGCGGCACAUUAGCCCCUCAGUGUUUGAUUCUGUCAACAACUAAUGCACGUAUCUCUUUUACGAAGCAUACACUACAUUGCAUAGAAAAUGAAAGAUGAAUAUAUAUAUAUAUAUAUAUUCAUUCAUUCAUUCAUUCAUCUUCUAUCCCACUUACACUCACGAGGGUUGUAGCCUAUUCCAGCUAUCUUCGGGCAAGAGACGGGGUACACCCCGAACUGGCCGCCAGCCAAUUGCAGGGCACAUAUAAACAAACAACCAUUCACACCUACAGGAAAUUUAGAGUCUUCAAUUAACCUACCCUGCAUGUCUUUGGGAAGUGGGAGGAAACCGGAGUACCCGAACAUGCAAAUGCCACACAGGCUGGGCCAGGAUUUAUCCACCUGCUGACAACACAUGCUGACAACACUGCUCCUCCUGAAUCUCAGAGUUGACUUCCAGACAGACCCACCUCUCCAGAAGCCCUGAAUAGACCUUUGGCUGAGGAUUUUAUGAAGCUUCUUGAGAGGCGUUGGACCAAAAAAAAGAAGAAGAAAAAAAACAGGUUUUUAUGCCACCUUGGUUUUAUAUGGGUAAACAUGGCCCAUGAAACAGCUAUGAAAAUGAAAAGACAGUCCCAUUUUCAAAAAGUUAGUGAUUAUUUUAGGCAUUUGUAGUAAAGGCAAUCCUAAUUGUCAGGGCAAAUUGUGGUUGCCCAUUGAAAGACACUUCUUUUUAUAAUGGUAAAGACAAAGGUGCAUAAAGGCAAAGACAAACAGCUUCAUAAAAAUCAUGUGAGUUGCACAAUUUAAAUCUGUUGCCCGUUAAUGUCAUGAACGGAACAAAGGACAGGACCCAAAAUGCACGACUCCAAUUCAAAUGGACUGUUUCAAAAAGAGAGGUUUAAUAAAACCAGCAGAGGUCGGUCCACAGCCAGGCAAUCAGAAAAGGCAACAAUAUCCAAAAAACGUGACGCAAAGAGGCAAGGUCAAAAAUCAGAACAGGCUCUAAGUCUUACUAUGAGUCGGUGACGUGGAAACAAGGAAUGCUGGAACGUGACAACAAGGUACAACGAACUGGCGACCAGAAAGAAUGAGACAGGAGGUUAAAUGCAUGGGGUAAUUAGGGUAAAUGAGGCACAGGUGGGGAAGAUCCUCUCAGGAGCAGGUGUGUACGAGAGGGGGAAAACAACAACCAGAAGACACACCCAUGACAUUUAAACUCCGGAUACAAGUGCAUAAAUGAUCCCAACUACACCUACUCGUUAAACCCAUUUCACCAUUGCUUUUAUACAAUUGUAAUUGUCAUGAUUGGUAAUCGUAUAAUAUCAUACCCAAAAGCAGGCGGAGGAAGUAGAUAUGAGUGGUUUAUUUGGUAGCAGCUCGGGGGGGGGUAGGAUAUCCGAGGAGUGAUGGUGGUCCGUUUGGGACAGGGAAUGUGCAGGUAGUGGGAGCGUGGGCAGGUGGAGGACCUUGAUGGUGUGGCUGGAUCGGGCAGCGAAGCGGGAGACAAGGAAGUAGCACUGGAGACAGAGGAGGACACAAGAGGAUUAGUACAAUUGCCGGCCGGAGAGCUCAGGGUGCUGUUGGAGACCGGCUUGAGCAAACACACAUGAAAUGUUGGGUGGAUUUUAAGAGAUUGAGGGAACUUCAACUGACCGGAUGUAGGAUUGAUUAUUUUAGUGAUUGGAAAGGGACCAAUAAAGCAUGACGUGAGUUUACGUGAUUCGGUCUGGAAAGGAAGGUCACGAGAGGAGAGCCAAACCGACUGACCCACCUUGUAAACAGGCGUAGGGGAGUGAUGCAGAUCCGGUAACCGCUUGUUUCUAUCGGCUGACGGAACCAGGGCAGCCCUGAUGCACUUCCAAAUGGAUUGUACACAUCAUAGGUGCUCCCUCAUCGAAGGAACCGUCACAGUGUGGUCCUGUUCCUUAAACAGAGGUGGUUGGAAACCAUAACUAGCCAUAAAGGGAGACAUACCUGUGGCGGAGCUGGUGAGGGAUUUGUGGGCAUAUUCCGCCCAGGGAAAAAGGCGCUGCAGGAGGUGGGGUUACGAGUUGCGCAGGGUAGACUCCAGACUUUGAUUCACCUGCUCCGUCUGGCCGUUAGAGUGUGGAUGGUAUCCAAAGGACAGACUGCCUGCUGCGCCCACUGCCUUACAGAACUCCUUCCAUACUGGGAGGAGAAAUGAGGACCUCGGUUCGAGACAAUGUCAAUGGGGAUGCCGUGGAGCUUAAAUAUGUGAAGGACUAGGAGGUUACUGGUUUCAAAAGAGGGGGUAACUUGGUAAGGGGUACGUAAUGGACACACUUGGAGAAAUGAUCAAUGAUGGUCAGAAUGAUGGUGUUACCUACAGAGGCGGGUAGGCUAGUAACGAAGUCCAAGGCGAUGUGGGACCAAGGGCGGCUUGGGAUGGGUAAGGGGCGCAGCAGACCAGCUGGGGGCAGAUAUGAAGUUUUACCUCGGUUACAGACGGAGCAGGUUCGGACGAACUCCCGGGUGUCUUUAACCAGGCUGGGCCACCAGAAGUGUUGUUGGAUGAACUGGAUGGUGCGGGUGGUUCCAGGAUGACAGGUAAGUUUAGUAUCGUAGGCCCACUGAAGAACUCCAGGGGUUGCAGAAUUGGGCACGAAAAACCACUCUGGCGGUCCAGUCUUGGGAUCCAGUUGAGUUCUCUGAACCUUUUCUUUUUUACCACUUCCCAAGUGGCUGCCCCAACGAAGCAGAAGGAAGCAAGGAUGGGUUCCGGUUCUACUUGGCUGGAGGGGCGCGAAUAAUUGUGAGAAAGGUCGUCAGACUUGCCGUUGCGGGAACCAGGGCGGAAGGAGAGGCUGAAGUUGAAACGGCUGAGAAAUAGGGCCCAACGAGCUUGUCGUGGGUUCAAAUAUUUGGUGGAGCAGAGAUAUGCAAGAUUCUUGUGAUCGGUCCAUUUAAUAAAAAGAGAAAAGGUCCCCUCCAGCCAAUGCUUCCAUUCUUCCAAGGCCCAGACAAUGGCCAGCAGCUCACGAUUCCCCACCUUGUAAUUCUGUUCGGAUGGGGAAAGGCGACGGGAAAAGAAGUCACAAGGAUGUAAUUUUUGGGAUUCGGGGUUGCGCUGGGAGAGGGUGGCCCCAGCUCCAGUGUCAGAGGCAUCGACCUCCACAACAAACUGGCGGGAGGAGUCUGGGUGUCUUCGAAUGGGGGCGCUGGUGAAUAGUUCCUUCAGGCGCUCGAAGGCUUGUGAUGCAACAGGGGUCCAAUGGAAUGGAGAGCUAGUGGAGGUAAUACUGGUGAAAGGAAUGGCCGCUUUGCUAUAGUUGCGGAUGAAGCGACGGUAGAAGUUUGCGAAGCCUAGGAAAUGUUGCAGCGCUUUGUGGGUGGAGGGAAAGGGCUAGUUGAUGACUGCUUGGAUUUUUGCCGGGUCUAGUUGUAACUGUCCUUUGACAAUGAUGUAUCCCAGGAAGUGUACAGAGGAGAGAUGGAAUACACACUUUUCCAGUUUCACAAAGAGGCGGUUCUCAAGUAGGCGUCGGAGGACUUGGGGGACAUGUUGUUGGUGUUCCUCGGGAGAGCGGGAAAAGAUGAGGAUAUCGUCUAAAUAGACAAAGACGAAUCGGUUGAGCAUAUCACAGAGGACAUUGUUAAUGAAGGUUUGAAAAACUGCGGGGGCGUGACAAGGUAUUCAAAGUGUCCAAGGGGGGUAUUGAAAGCAGUUUUCCAUUCGUCCCCCUCUCUAAUGCGGAUGAGAUGGUACGCGUCCAAUUUGGUGAAUAUCUGGGCAUCGCAGAGGGGUUAAAAUGAAGGGUCAAUGAGGGGCAACAGGGAUUUAAUUUUCACGGUGACUUCAUUGAGUCCGCAGAAGUCGAUGUCGGGGCAGAGAGUGGUUUGGCUUCAAAAUUCCCCGGUACAAGGACAUAACCCCGUCUCUUAUUACGUGGAGUUACCACACGUUUCGCUUCCUUAUUGAAGCAGUUUUGCGGAUGUUUGCUUCCUCUUUCUUGAUGUACUGCACUGUAGAUUCAUUCACGCCAUAAUGGCGUGCCACAGAUGCAUAACUUCUGCCCUCUUUGACCAUAUCUAAAAGUUUCACUUUUUCGCGGAUGGUCAUCAUCAUUUUCUUCCUUUUGGGCACCCCGGAGGAAGCUUUCGCAGGGGCACAGCGCUUAGGCGGCAUUGUAAGGGCUUAACUAAUCAACAAAAGUUAUCGCUUAAAGAAAAAAAGUUAUCACGAACACAAGACUAAGAUACAGUAUGCGAGACAGUCAACAGCGUGGACGAGACUGGCGAGACACAACAAGGAAAGAUGCUGGGUGAGGCUGCGAUGAUGCGCAGCCAAUCAGCUCACGGGAUAAAUCCACUCGUGCUCUCAUUGGUCGAUGUCGCGCUGGGAACCAAUCACGCGCCUUGUAUGAAUGCUCAUGGCAUGUACAGUACAGUACAGGCAUGUACAAAGCCUCUGAGUCAACUCAUCUCUUUGUUUGGCAUGCAGGGAAACCUCUCUCGUGCAUCAACAUGAAACAAUGCGUCUGCUGAUAUGGCUGUAUUUUUUCAUUUUUAUUUUUUGAUGAAUUUUUUUAUUUUUUUUUUAUUAAUAUUUUGGAAAAACCCGCGAAGUGGCGAGGGAACACUGAAUAGUCUUCCAUAGCCUUCUUCUCAUGGCGGGAAAGAUUGAAGAGGUGAAUGGAGGGGAGAGGGUCUCCCAGUAGCAGGUCGAUUGCGCAGGCAUAGGAGCGGUGAGGGGGUAGUGAGAUCUUUGCUGAAUACUGAAGAGAGGUCGUGGUAUUCUGCGAUUGGCUGGCAACCAGUUCAGGGUGUAUCCCGCCUCCUGCCCGAUGAUAGCUGGGAUAGGCUCCAGCACUCCCGCGAUCCUUGUGAGGAUAAGCGGCUCAGAUAAUGGAUGGAUGGAUGGAGGUUGGGGUAUUCUUCCGGAACCCAGGAGAGAUUGAUAGGUGUGGCAGGUGGCUGAGGUUUGCUGGAGGGCGUAACGGCCGAGAGAAGAGAAUGGGAGUGACAGAAGGGACUCCACCCAGUGAUAGACGGGUGGGUCUAAUCGAUGGUGGGGUUGUGUUUUUGGAGCUAGGUGAUACCGAGGACUAAUGGGGUCUCAGGGGAAGGAAUGACAAAUAGUUGGAUGGUUUCCCGGUGAUUACCUGAGAUGGGUAGUGUGAACGGUGCCGUUUGUUGAGUUACAGAGGAGAUGAGUCGUCCAUCCAGGGUAGUGACUUGCUUGGGGACCUGAAGGGGUUGGAGAGGUAGCUGGCGUUGACAUGCCAAGCCCUCGUGAAUAAAGUUGUCGUCUGCGCCGGAGUCGAUGAGGGCUGGAACCGGAGUUUUGCAAUCUGAGCCAAAGAUAAACGAGGAAACUGUCAUGUGGGAGGGAGAGCUGGGAGAAGUGUUGGUCUGGCUCAUCAUGGCGCUCUCAUUUCUUGGGGAGCCCUGUCUUUUGAUUUUAAGGAGCAAGUGGAGAUGAAAUGGCCUGGUUGUCCACAGUAGAUGGAUAACCGUUGACUCAAAAGGCGCUGACGUUCCUGAGGGUUUAGUCUGGUCUUGCCGAGUUGCAUGGGCUCCUGUAAUGCAGUGGGGGGUGAUGAGGAAGCGGCCGGGAGUUCAGCAUGUGGCGGAAUAACUAGAGGCGCUGUGCCCGCAGAAGGUGCUAAACUACGUGCUCUAACCCCUUUCUCCCUUUCUCUUUCCCGUAGGCGAUUGUUCAGUCUAAUUGCAAGCAAAAUUAAUUCCUCGAGUGAGGUGGGCUCGUCACUGUCUGCAAGCUCGUCUUUUAGCUGCUCUGAAAGUCCCUUAUAAAAAAAAUGCCUCUCAACGCAGCGUCACCCCACCCACACUCACCAUCCAGAAUCCUAAAUUCAAUGGAAUAGGAAGCCAUGGAACUAGAGCCCUGAAUGAAGGUUAGGAGGCGAUGAGUGGCUUUCCUGCCCUGAACGAGGUGGUUGAAGACCUUCUUCAGUUCAGCUGAAACUGAGUCGAAUGAUGCAAGUCAUGGGGAGGAAUUUUGCCACGGCGCGGUUGUCCUUUUUUUUUUUGCCCUUUGUACUUGAAGCUCCAAAGCUUUGUCUGCUACUCAAGGGCUUAAGUCAGGGAUACUUGCACUUCAGAGCUAAGUCCCCAUUUUUCCAACAUUACAGGAUGAAUGAGUAGACACAGACUCUGGUUGUAGUUUUCUCCUGGAUCUACCUUCUUUGUUGUUUCAGUUAAAUGUUUCACACACACAGCUAUCCUAGUGUACCCUGUGCUAAAAGCCCAGAAAAUCAUCACUUUUGAUUUCAAUGGGUCACAGGCUUGUUGCAGUUAUUAAUAACACUAUCUUUUGAGUUGUCAGAUCAGAUCCAGAUGUACUGUAAAUAAAUGAAAACAAAAGCUGACCUGUUCUCACCUGAUGUCAAACCCAAAUUGCUUCAGUCUACAGCAAAAAUAUGGAACUUGCCUCACUGUUUCAAUACUUUUAGAGGGGAGUAUUGGGUCUAGAGCUGAGAACUAUGCAAGGGUUUUAAGUGGCCUAUGAGAUUUUUCAGAUCUCUUACUCCAGUAGCAGAUGCAGAUCAUUGCCCACAUGGGCUAAAGAAGUACAGGACAAAAAAAAAGAAAAGAAAAAACAUUAAAAUGAGGUCCGAAACAUUUGCAUGGCACUAGAGUCAUUGGUUUAAUUAAAACAUGGUCCUAUUAGUAUGUUUUAGUUUAUCAAGUUUUGUGUGUAUUUAAAUACUUUAAAGACUGAGGAAUGUUAUAUUCUCAGUAUGCAAUCUUUUAAAAUGACAGAAACCUCAUUAAUAUUUCAGCAUUCUAUUAACUAUAACAAACAUUACUAACAGUGUUUGUCUGAAACAGUUUUUUAAUGGCUCAAUAAGAUCGUGAUCAGAUAAUUAUUAUUGAUUUGAUGUACCUUUACUAUUGCAGCAGAAACCCACUGAACUACAAUUAAAUGAGGUCUGUGGCAAUGCACAGAACACCAAAGAUGAUUCUGGGUGUGGAGCAAUAUCUCUUUGACAAAGAUGAAACCUGAGCUGUACUAUUGUUUUCUGCUCAGUGACACAAAUACAGUAUAUGCAAACCCAAUGUGUGUCCUUGUUAUGCGUGUGUAUGUGUGCAUGGAUAUUUCUAAGAAACAGGAGCUUUUUCGGGGCGUUAAAACAAUUGGAACUGGGCUGUUGUGGUUGUCUUCUAAGACAUUCUGCCUCUCAUCUGAGCAGGCAUCAUCAGUUCAUAUGCAAGGCUAGUUAGGACAGCACUAGGCUGGGUGUUGGUGGGAAACACAACUAUUUAUCCUCCAAGUUAGAGGCACACCCUAGUAACCACGAAUGGUGUCGCUCUUUUGGGAAGCAGAACAACGGUUGUUAAGAUGACUUGCAGAGAGGCCUCUGCCUGUCAACAGCAGUCGGGUGGAAACUCCUUCAUUCAUAUUCCAAGUCACCUCAAGCCCAACUGAGGUCUCCUCAUUUGUUUUGAUCUUAAUGUAACACUCCUCUUUCAAACCAUCUGUCUUCUCUCAGAAUAUGCUUAUUGUUUUGUCCUCAAGAGUGCUGUUUCUCUUUGAGGUUACAGCUAAGUCUUGACCUGAAGAGUUAGCAUGUCUGUGUUGUGACAUGCGCAUGCUCAGUGGUUGCUUGGUUUCCCCAAUAUAUGGGUCAUUUUCAUAAAACUUGAUCAAUAAUGUUAAAGACAUGGCCAACCUAAUUAAAUUUUUAAAAUCAAUUAAUUUUACUGAUAUGACUGUUAGGCAGUUGUUAACAAUCAAAAAGUCAUAAUUGUUUCCAGGAAAUAAAUAUUCUACAAUUAAUAUUUUUCAAACUUUUAAUGCCGAAAUGUCUUCAGCCAUUUUGCAUUCACACAAUAGCAGACAGCAAAGUAAAUGGUGUUAGUUUUUAUAUAUGUAUGAAUUUGUGAAAAUGUCGGAACUAUAGCAUCUCUCUACCAUUACGGUAUUACAAUUGUAUAAAGACAAGAGCCUUUACCAUGAAUGCCUAAAAUUUGAAAUCAAUAACGUUUUGAAAAUAGGACUUUCAGGGUAGCUGUUUCUGCAUGGGAGACUUUUGUCAUGUCUGUUUUAAGUUGUUAUUAUUAUGAUUAUUAUUUUGCUGCAGUGCUGGUGAACUAGGUAGGCAGUGCCUUGAGCAAUACUCCUGAGGCCUAUCUGUAAUCUGCGCCUCAUAGGUGUAGUUGCGGCUAAGUGGAAGUGUCAGAGUAUUGCCUUGCUUGCCACACGUUUUCUAUUUAGUACGUGUUGCGUUUUUUUGUCAUGGCUUUUUUAGUCUCCUUAUUUUUUGGGAUCCAAUUUUACUGCUUUGCCGUAAUCAUACAACUUUUACCCAUUCAAAACCAAGGCGGCAUUAAAAAAUGUUAUAAAGACACUUGGAAAUAUAUAUUUCCAAGUGUCUUUCCCAGUUACAGAUUAAAUUGUAUGUAGAUGACCCAUAUACGUCGGUGCAUUCCUCACUGCACUUGACCGCAUAGAGUUUCCCAUCAACACCCAGGCUAGUGUUGUCCUAACUAGCCUUGUUCAUGACCUGAUGAAGCCUGCUCAGAUGAGAGGUUAGACGCCUUCAAAGACAACCUGAACAGUCCAGUUGUGAUCAGUUCAAUGCCCUGAGAAGGGAAUGACCUGCAUGAAUGACAGGCAAAGGGGAGCUUUUUCCCCCCCCCAAGGGAGUAAAAGCAACUGUUUAUAGUCAUCCUCCACCUUUUUUUUCCCAAAAAUAUUUAUAAGGGUAACAAAACAGUGUCACUAUUGGAUGUUCAGUUUUAAAAAUGCAUUUAGCAUUAAGUACAACACGUGAUUUAUGUUUACAUCAAUGUCAACAGCUGAGUUUGUUAAUCAUCGCAUGUCAAAACCAAAAUCCUACAUUUAUUACCAUGUCUGUAUUCUUCACCGAACCUGAGACAAAUGGACCUAACGUGAUGUUACUGUUUGUAACUUUUGAACACCAAUGUUAUUUGACUUAAUACCUCUGCACAUUCCACAGUAUUUGAAUCCUUGUGUAUGUACAGGGUUUUUGUGUUUAUAUGUGCAGAUCAAUUUUGUAACAGUUGAAAAGACUUGUAAUGUUAACCUUUGUAUAUAACUAUGAAAAUAAAUUAUUUGUUUUGGUAA